UUGAUUGAUUGAUCGUAAUCAGUAUCAGUAUUAUCAAUAUAUCAUUGUUUUGAGGAAUAACUAGGAGUUUUAAUUGAAAUUGAUACGACAUAUAAAUAAAUGUGACCCUUGGUGUCGGAUGCGUCAUACAAUUUGUCAUAUCAGGUGUUCCUUUGAACAUUGCGAUGGCAGUAAAAGUAUGUUGUGUUCAGAAAUAUGCUGUUCCCUCAAUUUUCCCUUGGAUAAUCAAAAUUAAAGCUAAAGACAUGGAAGGAGCAACGGAUUCUUCGUCAGAGACAAAAGAACCGCCUAAUAGUGGUAAGGAGGGAGAUGGAGAAAAUUUGGAUGCAAUAAAGAAAUUCAUAGAAGACCAGGAGAAAGAGUACACACAGCAAGAGACUAAGAAAGAAGAUAAUGCCACGAUGGAGGUUGAAAAACCAAGUGAAAGCGAUGGUUGUAAAGAUUUUGACGAACGAUUGGCUGUGGCAUCCAGCAUGAUGGAUAUGAUAUUGAGUGAGUCGGAAGAAAGGAUUGCCAAAAAGAAGGAUGGUAACUCAUCCAGGCAAAUGAGCCCUAAAGGAGCCAAUAGCAUGUCUCUGUCGGUCGGCUCCAAAGUGGAGGCGAAAGACUUCGGCGAAUUCUGGUAUCCAGCUCAAAUUUCCGAGGUUGACUAUGAUGAGAUGGAAGUGUUGGUGCAUUAUGAGGAUUCUUCAAAGAAGCACGACGAAUGGAUCAGCGUAAGCAGCCCCCGACUGCGGCCUCUCUCGGCCUCCGCUGUAUCGUCCCCUGCACCAUCCACAUCGCAACCAGCGACCACCAUCGCCCCAGUGGCUAGUACCAGCACCGCUGAGGAGCCCAAGCCCGUUGAAGACAAGAGCAAACUGACCUUCGUGGUGGGAGAGAGAUGCCUGGCCAGGUGGAGGGAUAGCAGGCGGUUCUUGGCUACGGUCAGCAAGGAUUUGGGAGAUGGCUAUAUGGAAGUCGUGUUCGACGACGGCUUCGUGUGGAAGUGUACGACUUCACGGCUGCAUAAGAUGAAAGAUCAAUCGAAGCCGGGUCCUCUAAGCGUUGACGUCACAACGGCUGGGACCUCCGCACAUUCCCCAGUUUAUGGGGCGGGGCCAAGUAGCGCCACGCCUACCACCCCCGCCCCUGCCUUCCACACUCAUUUAUUUGACCCCACCCGUGAUUACUUAGGCUCGAAGAGCGAACGCCGCGAAAUGAAGCGAAAGUUAAACAUCAAGGAAAUCUUCAAUAUUGGACAGAAGAAAGCGAAGAAACAGGCAACUCCUACUGAGAAACCGGUGACGCCCAAACCUCCGGUGGAAAGGAAAAAACCGAGGAUCAUUAGGAAGAAACCGGCAGCGCCUAAAGUUGCACCACCUAAAGUUGUACCAAAAACGGAAAUCCCAGAUGCUGUGGCAUCAAUAAUAGGGACACUCGAAGGUAGUCCCGCACCGUCACCUGCCGAAGUAAAACCAAAAGAAGAAAAAGAAACAAAAGAAGAAAUUAAAGAAACUAAAGUUCAAAUUACCAAAGAAGUUACAGAAGAUCAAGAAAUGAAAGUGGAAGUUGGAAGUGAAGAGACAACUUCAGAUGAGCCAGAAGUGAAGGAUACUUUGGCAGAAAUGUUGAUCGACGUUGACGAAAGCAAAGACAGUAUUGAGGUUGUGGACCCUACUAAAGACACUUGUGACACGUCGGAUACAGCUGACAGCAGACCUGAUAGCGAUCCCGCGCAAGAAGACGUAAAGCUCGAGAAGUUCGAAGCAGUGGAUGGUAAGCACGAAGAGGUCAUCGACCGGAUCAAGGUAGCCAUUACGAAGUUAGAAGACGGCAUCAGCAAGGCAGAAGGCUCGCCCAGGCCGGAGGUGAAAACCGAAGCGGCAGAAGUGAAGGAAGUGAAAGAGAAAAAGAUUAAGAAGUUGAAGAUCAAGAAGAGCAAAAAGCUGCGCAUACUGCAAGAAAAGAAAGUGAAAAAACAAGUUGAGAAGGUUAAAUCCGAGCUAGAAGUGAUGAAGCGUCAGAUCGAGGUGAUGAGGCGGCAGAUGGUUAACUCGGACACCACGCAGGAGUUGCCAGAAUCGUUCCUACUGCCGGGCGAAUGGUGUUGCAAGUGGGUGAACGGACAGCCGAUUGGGAAGGUGUGCGAGUUGGAAAUGGAUGGGAAGGAAAAAGCUGGUGGGCUGCCUAGGAGAAGUGUGCAGGUGGAAGACAAAAGGUUGCCGGCGGGUUGGACUAAACACAUGGUUCGGAGAAGUCUAGGCAGUUCAGCAGGAAAAUGGGACGUGGUUUUAGUGAACCCCGAAAACCGGCGUUUCCACACCCGCACUGAUAUGCGCAACUAUAUGGAGUCGCACCCUGAUACGGCCACGAGGCUUAAAGACUACGAGGCCGUGCUCAUGGACUUCGGCGUCCAUCUGAAACUGGCGCGGCGGAUGGGCUGGGUCGUCUCUACGCCAGAUGGCGUAGCUGAGUCCCCAGUAGUGUCGCUCCCAGCGGGCACGCUUUCUUGCACAUCGCCUAUAAUCAAGCGCAAGAAGCUAAGUUUGAAACGACCGCGAGAGGCCCCCAAACAGAAGAAGAUGAAGCGCGUCAUCAAAAUGCCCAAGUAUCUGGUGAAGAAUCAAAAGAAAGGGCUGGGUCCAGGAACGUCUAGUACUCCUUCUACUUCAGAAAACGAUCCAACAGCACCGCCUGAAGAUAACUACCCGCCUUUAGAAGAUGGAUACGUAUGGGUCGGUUCCUUGAAAGUGCAAAUAAUAGAGAACCUCCUCCGCUGCCCAGCCGAAGGGUGUUUCAAGAACUUCAGAAACAACACCCUACUCCAAAUGCACAUAAAACACUACCACCGAGAACUGCGCAAAAUGCUCGGUCGAACGCCGAAAGUUCUGGACUUGGCGUAUGCCAGAACUAUGCCAGAAAAGACCCUCGAACCUACAAAAACAAGGGAACCUGACUUGAAGACAAUCAAAGUCAAAGUCCCGAAGCCGCCUAAACGGGUCGUUCAAGAAGAAAUUAAACCAGAAGUCAAAAAGGAAGAAGCUAUGGACUUACAAAUCGACAUUCCCUCAACGUCGGUAAAACUUGAAGAUACCCCAAUGCCGAAAUUGCACGAUUCUCCUAAACUCCGCCAAGCGUUAGUCCACAAGCCAGUGAAGCGUCCCAAAGUGCUGCUACCGGUUCGAAGACCGGAGUCCGAGGAUGUCAAAGACGAGCAGUCUAAUGAUUUUGACGAUUCGGCCGACUUGCCGAUCGAAGUUUUGGACUUCGAGACGGAGAUUUCGACGCAUACUGUGACGAAGCCUGUUGAUUUCAAGAAGAAAGAGAAGAGGGGUAAAGUGGCCACGUUGAAACCAAAGAGUGAGGACGAUGAGUGGUUCGGCCCGGCUUCGGAUGUGGAGACUCGGUCGAGUUUCCCGCGGUCGGGCACGCCGGAUUACAAGAGAAUGGAACAACACGCCGGUAAUUCGGAGUCGAAUGAAGAGCAGCAGCGGGAGAAUGAGUAUGAAUAUAAUCCUGAAACCGGCGAGCUGAUGAAGAUUGAGCACAUGAAGCGCGAGGAAAUCAUCAACUGCCACUGCGGCUUCCGCGAGGAGGACGGGCUCAUGGUGCAGUGCGAGCUGUGCCUGUGCUGGCAGCACGGGCUGUGCCACAACCUGCGGCACAGGCUGGAGGUGCCAGAAAAGUACACGUGCAGCAUUUGCUUGAACCCGCGUCGGGGGCGGCGCUCGAAGCGGUUCCUGCAUGAUCAAGACCGCUUAUUCGACGGGACGCUCCCGGGGGCGAAGCCCAGCGAUACGCUUCGCCGCUCGCACGAGCUGUCCGGCAACCUGCACUUGAUAAGGGACGCGCUGCACUCGCUGAGGGUCAAAUACCAUGUUGCCACUAAAAAGAACCACCCAAAGUUAUACCUAUGGGCUGACAAAGAAUGGGACACGGAGGAGGUGACCCAGCCUCAGGACAAGCCCAAGCUGGACUACACAGACUUGCAACUGAUCAACAUCGACAAGGAGAACCAGCCGGUACAGGACGACUUGAACGCGCACAUCGACGUCACCACGCCUUCCGAAGACCAUGACAGAUACAGCCAGCGAGAUGGCCAGGCGCUGCUGGGCGGGCUGCUGGCGGCGCCGCUGGAGCUGCCCAUCAGCGCCGCCGAGCUCGAGCGCCUCGCCAGCGCCGUGCCGGACCACGGUACUGUACACAGGGCGCUGCUGCUGCGAGCAGGACCGUCCACAUCAGAUACAGCCAGCGAGAGGCCAGGCGCUGCUGGGCGGGCUGCUGGCGGCGCCGCUGGAGCUGCCCAUCAGCGCCGCCGAGCUCGAGCGCCUCGCCAGCGCCGUGCCGGACCACGGUACUGUACACAGGGCGCUGCUGCUGCGAGCAGGACCGUCCACAUCAGAUACAGCCAGCGAGAGGCCAGGCGCUGCUGGGCGGGCUGCUGGCGGCGCCGCUGGAGCUGCCCAUCAGCGCCGCCGAGCUCGAGCGCCUCGCCAGCGCCGUGCCGGACCACGGUACUGUACACAGGGCGCUGCUGCUGCGAGCAGGACCGUCCACAUCAGAUACAGCCAGCGAGAGGCCAGGCGCUGCUGGGCGGGCUGCUGGCGGCGCCGCUGGAGCUGCCCAUCAGCGCCGCCGAGCUCGAGCGCCUCGCCAGCGCCGUGCCGGACCACGGUACUGUACACAGGGCGCUGCUGCUGCGAGCAGGACCGUCCACAUCAGAUACAGCCAGCGAGAGGCCAGGCGCUGCUGGGCGGGCUGCUGGCGGCGCCGCUGGAGCUGCCCAUCAGCGCCGCCGAGCUCGAGCGCCUCGCCAGCGCCGUGCCGGACCACGGUACUGUACACAGGGCGCUGCUGCUGCGAGCAGGACCGUCCACAUCAGAUACAGCCAGCGAGAGGCCAGGCGCUGCUGGGCGGGCUGCUGGCGGCGCCGCUGGAGCUGCCCAUCAGCGCCGCCGAGCUCGAGCGCCUCGCCAGCGCCGUGCCGGACCACGGUACUGUACACAGGGCGCUGCUGCUGCGAGCAGGACCGUCCACAUCAGAUACAGCCAGCGAGAGGCCAGGCGCUGCUGGGCGGGCUGCUGGCGGCGCCGCUGGAGCUGCCCAUCAGCGCCGCCGAGCUCGAGCGCCUCGCCAGCGCCGUGCCGGACCACGUGGUACAGCCGCCCAUAGUGCCGCAGCCAGAAGCGGCCAUAGACAAUGGUGUGUGUCGCGAACGCUUGUUGCGCCAUAUCCAGCGCUGCCAGGCCGCUCUCGACUCCCGGCUGGAUACUAUCGAGGCGACUGUCGCGGGUGAGUGUCUCCACCGUGAACAUAGACCAUAGACAACGGGGCCCAUAGUGCCGAGCCAGAAGCGGCCAUAGACAACGGGGUGUGUCGCGAGCGCUUGUUGCGCCAUAUCCAGCGCUGCCAGGCCGCUCUCGACUCCCGGCUGGAUACUAUCGAGGCGACUGU